AUGCACAAAAAAUCUAUGUUUUUCCCAGGGUGCAUUAAGGUCGUGUUCCGUAAGGGACCACUCGGAUAUCUCCUUCAGGACCCGACUGAGGAGGCCGGGGUGAUCAAAGAUAACCCAGCUCUUCAGGACAAGUCGGCACCAAAGAAGGAGGAGCUCGUCAGGCAAGAUGCUCUUGCUGUGGUCCGUCAGAGAGGAGGCGACGCCUCUGACAAAAGAGAAGUUCUUGGCGAAUACAUCCUGCAGUUUGGAAAGUACAAGGGGAAAUCUUUCCGGUGGCUUCUUGAAAAUGACAUGGGUUACACCAUCUACCUAAUAAAGAACCUUCAGCAGGAAGAGGCCAUGGGGGUAUUUACAUCAGAAGGACCCAGCAAGAGCAGUCUGUUAUCCUUUUAUAAUUAUGCCUGCAGUUUUAACGAAAUUCAGUCCCUGUUCAGUUAUGUGUCCAAAAAUCCAGGUGCACCAGCAGCCUCGUCGGAGGGUGACCAGCUGGUUGGUUUUGGUGCUCAUGCGAAGAGUACGUGGCAGGAGAUUUGGAACAACAGGGCUGAUGGUUACGCAUCCUUUAUAUUGGGGGCAACUUGUGUCCCGGGGACACGGAUGUACAAGCUGCAGCAAUACCUGCGUAAUCAGAUGCAGUCUGCCCGUCCGCCCGUGGUUGCCUCAAGUGCAGCUUCUAAGCCAACGGAAAUGGAUGAUGACGACGAGUUAGAGAGUGCGAUGCUGAACAUCUCCCCCUCCAAGCUACAGUUGCGCUCCACGACCACUGUCAUCAACAUCAUCAUCCUCAGCUGA